CUCAAGACAUUGCGCGGUCAAAGCGAUAUUUUUCUAAUAAACUUUGAAAUUGUAAGAAAUGCUGUGGUAAUAUUUCAAGUAGAAAGCUUAAGAUCAUGGCCUCAGAUGGUAAGUCUGACUCAAAUCAAGAGCAAAAAGACAGCUUUGCGUUUGAAUUUUCUGAUCAUGCACAAGAGUUAGCUCGAAUGGCUUUUGUUGAAUUUAAAUGUGAGAGGUACGACUCGUGCUUAAGUCACCUCUCAAAGCUUAAAGAAUUACACCCAACGGAUCUGAAAAUUGAACACAACAAGGCUGUUGCAGAUUACUACAGAUCAGGUUGCAAGAAGACAGAUGAUUUUCUUAAGACUCUAAACGGAGUCAUGAAAAAGAUGAAUCUUAAAAUUUCUGAAGAAGAAGGCACUACUGAAAAUGUGGACUUUGAAAGAGCUUUAUUGCUUUAUAACAAGGCUGUGUAUUGCUUCUAUGUAAAAAAGUAUGUUGAUGCUUUGGCAAAUUUGGAAAAACUUUUAAAAAUUGUUGAAGCUCUUGAUAAAAGAUUUGCUCAAAAUAUAUGUUUUCUGUAUGUUGAAAUCUGUUUGCUGACUUACCAGGCUGAAAAAGCCAUAGCUGUCCUGAAUAUUGUAGAGAAACUUUUACAUGAUACUACCAAACAAUCUUCAGAGAAUGUUGCCGACAAUGGAAAAAAUUGUGACAAUGAAUUAUCAAAACCAUAUGAUCAACAGAAGAUAAGAUUACACAAAUACAGAGCAAGAGUUCAUUUACUCCAGAAAUCUAUAAAAGCUUGUAAAAAAGAGAUCAAGACCAUUAUGAAUGUAAAUAAUAUGGAUACAGAAGCACUUUUCAUAAAGAGUAACUUUGAGUUUGUGCGUCACAACGAAAGGAAAGCGGUGAAAAUUCUCAACAGCGCUUCUAAAGACAAUCAAAUUUUAAAAACGGGAGAAUCCAUUUCCACAAUGUAUUUCAACAAUCUUGGAUGUCUUCAUGCGCAGAUGCAAAAGUACAAUCUAGCCUCCUUCUAUUUUUGUCGUGCCAUUGCUGAAAACGAGGAGGCGCUCUCCAUGAUUUCUACGUCGGACAAAAACGGCGAUUCUCUUAACACCAGACCAAUGUGUACACUCUCAGUCAACAGUCGUCAUCAUCUACUAUAUAAUCUUGGUGUACAAAUGCUUCACGAUUGCCGACCGUUGCUUGCAUUUGACUGUCUUAUCGAAUCUGUGCAAGUGUAUCAGUCAAACCCUAGACUUUGGUUACGACUUGCCGAAUGCUGUGUUCUAGCGCAUCAGAUGUCAACUUUUGAUGAGAAAAAUGUCAAUCGUAGCAGAAAAAGUGAUCUUGUCGAGUCUGUGGUUGGCAUCGGACCGUAUCGUAAAAUAGUUUUGCCGGCAGAAAAUACCAGCAAAAUUACAACCAACUCAAGUGGACAUUCAGCUGCAAUGCCGGCUUGUAACUUGCACUUCGCGAUGUUGUGUCUUCGUAACGCUCUUGUAUUGAUUCCAGAAAGAGCAUCGCUUGCUAACGGAGAUAGAAAACAAAAAGAUAGUUCAGAGCCCAACGGCUCCGAAAGCAACUCGGACAACCAAGAUUCCUUCAGUUCAACUUCCAUCCCAGCUGCGCCGUCUGCUCCUAUUAAGGGUCAAGAUAUUCAAAAGUUGAAAAACUCGAUAUUGGCCAACCUUGCUUACGUCACAUUGGUUUUGGGCGAUUAUGUUUUAUGUCAUGAACAUGCGCAAACUCUUUUGUCUCAACCAAACCUCGAUGGUACAGUGAGUUUCUUGGCUCAUCUUUAUGCUGCAGAAGCGUUGAUACAACUCGGCCGAGUCUCCGAAGCACUCGGCCAUUUAUCAAUCGACAAUGUCAGUGACUUUUCAAGUAACAAUAAUGGUGAUCAAACACCAGGCGCCGACUAUAGUUCAUUCCCGCAAACUGUGAACGAAGCUAAAAUGACGUUUCUGGUAAAUCUUGCGGGAGCACACUGCUUGCGCGAGGAUUUCGAAAAGGCAAAAAAGUGUUUAUACCAGACGUCGUCAAUUGUGCAGUUGAAAGAACUUCCACAUCAAGCUCUAAUGAUGGCAGUUUAUAUCGAACUUCAACUCGGAAACCAUAAUGGCGCUCUGAUGAUACUCAAACGAUACCAACUUUUACCUCCAAGCAAAGAAACGAGAAACAGAGAAAACUCAGAAAGUCCUUUAUGUGAUUUUUGUUUUUAGUCAAUUGUUUAUGUUAUAGCGAUUUCUUGGCAUUAAAAAUAAAGUUUUUUUGAGUGCUGGAGAAAAA